CUGAGGAGCGGAUCUAUUUCAGCAGCUGUGCGCACUCCAAAGCUUUGCAGAAGGAGACGCGCCAGGAGGAGGAAGGACGUGGAGAAGGAGAAGAGGAGGAGGAGGAGGAGAAGGAGAAGAGUUGGGGGGCUGUGCUUUUGCCCCCUCCCUCCCUGCCCCUUCCAGGAGGGGGGUCUCCUCUGGAUGCCAAGGACCUCGCUCCUCCCAGGAUGGAGACCUUCCACCCGGCCAAGCUGGAGAAGCACCCCCACUACCCCCACCUCCACCACCCCCAGCCCCCCAGGGACUUCUUCCCCAGCUAUGGGGCCAAAGGGGCCAAGGCGGGGGCCUCCGGGAACGCCUUCAGCUCUUGGAACGACUACCUGGGCUUGGCCACCUUGAUCACCCAGGCGGUGAGCCAGAGCCAGGAGAAGAAGAAGCCCAAGAAGGAGAUGGAGAUGGAGAAGGGGGUCUUCGGAGUCCAGGAGGAAGAGGAAGAGGAGGAGGAGGAAGAUUUGGAGGAAGAAGACUUGGAGGAGGAUUUGGAGGAGGAGGAGGAGGAUUUGGAGGAGGAGGAAGAGGAGGGCACCCACUAUUUUGGGACCACCCUGGAUUUGCACCACUUAGACUUGUUCCACCACCAUCACCAUCUGAAGUCUUCCAUGGAGGGAUUGUUGGAGGAGCGCUUCGCCGACUUGAGCCCCUUCUCCAGUGGGGCAUCGGAGCCCUUGGGAAGGCGAGACCGGUCCCCUCCAGGGGGCUGGGAAGGGCAGCUGCUGCCCCCCUUGCCUCCCCCAGGGGGGCGCCCUCCUGCCCUGCCUCCCCCGGGGGGCCGCCCCGCUGCCCAUCGCCUCCUCCUCCGGCAGCCUCCGGACUUGCAGGUCUGCGUCUUUUGCCGGAACAACAAGGAAGCGGUGGCCCUCUACACGACCCACAUCCUCAAGGGGCCCGACGGGAGGGUCCUCUGCCCGGUCCUCAGGCGCUACACCUGCCCCCUCUGCGGGGCCAGCGGCGACAAUGCCCACACCAUCAAGUACUGCCCCUUGUCCAAAAUGGCCAAGCAGCCCAUGGCCCUCAAGGGCGCCCGCCACCACCACCACCACCACCACCUCCUGGGCAAGAAGGUCCGCUAGGGGGCGCCCCGCUUGGAUUGGGUUGAGUUGGUUCGGUUGGGUUGAGCUGGGUUGAGCUGAGUCCAAUACAACCCAACUCAAGUCAAGUUGGGUAGGGUUGGGUUGGGUUUGGUUGUGUGGACCACAUGGGACCCAUACCUCUCCACCUCCUUCCCUUGCCUACAGAUUUCUUUGAAGCUACUACAGCAAGUGGGGGGAGGGAGGGAGAAAGAGAAGAAGAACAAUAAAGGACACUUCCCUUAGGGAAUCACAUUUUUUAAAUAAUAAUAAUUAAUAAUAAUAAUAAUGGUCUUUUACCAAAUGAUGUUUUUUCCUCUUAAUAUAUUGCGACGCAAGGACGGUAGGCCAUGCGGUGACGACGGUUUCCUUGACUUUCUGUAUCCCAAAUAAUCCGAAUAUAGUUUCUAGUUUGUAUACCUAGGAGCCGGGGAGGGGGGGGGAGACCCCCUUCAGGCUUCCUUCAUGAAUUUAAGGUUGAGAAUAAUGAUGAUAAUAAUAAUAAUAAUAAUGCCCUUGACAGGUACUGUAUUUGUUUAUUGUAAAAAAUAUAAUCUAAUUUUUAAAUGGGAUUGGGGGAGGGGGGGCUAAGGGUGAUCCUUUUAGGCGUCUGCUCCCACUGGUGUCGUUUUUCUUUCAUGUUAACUUUCGGCUGGGGAAAAGGAGCAGUCUUUUUUAUUUAAAAAAAUAAUCAUAAAAUUAAAUGAAAAUGAACAUAAAGAGCAACUUUCAAGCAGAAGUCAGAAAACAACAUGGACUUUGGCUUGUUGAGAUGUACGUGACCUAAAUGAAGAUUAUUUUUUACGUGUGUGUUUAAAGUGGGAGGGUGUCCUACCCUGAGUAAGAAAAGAGGCAAGACAAGGCUUGAGAAAGCAAUGAAUUAACUGUUGGACUGGUGUUUUGUUCCAAUUGAUGUCUUUACUGUUUCUAAGCAAUAUUUGGUUACAAACGUUGGGACGGGAGAUUUUUUUAUUGAUAAGCAAUUAUUUUGUUUAUCCUUCCAUAAUCAGAUUUUAUUUUGAGUGCAUGUUUGCUUUGCCUUUGUUUUGCUGUUCCCAAAAAACCAAAACAAAACACCCAUGUUUCAUACAUUGCCUUUUCUCUGCCAACCACCGCCACUCCCUUUGCCUUUCUUUAAAUUUCAGUUAUCUUCCUGUAGCCCAGCUGAGAUGACUUGGUUGAUUUUAUACAGUGGAAGUAAAGAUGUUACAAAGA